CUGACUAACAUUCUGGUUUGACUUCCAUUGAUGGGUCCUUUCAUUACGAUAUAUAAACCGGGUAGCUGGUUACGAAUUCGGUAGUCUCGUCCAAAGCAGCUAUUUUUACCUUCACCAGGAUUUUGCCCCCGAGACCUCGCGGAGGUGUUCGUUAUCUUCAACUUUUAGCAGCUUGACUUUUCGCUAUUCGGACAUUGGACUCUGUUGCUGCCUUUUCUUCAAUGGGAUUAUCACUUUCCUUGCUUUUAUCAGCCUGGAAAGAAAUCUUGAAAAUCCGGAUGCUUGGAUAUGCUGCUGACAAUGUGAAAACAGUUACAGUGAGAUCCAUCAACUUUGAUGGAAAAGAUGGGGAAAUGACCUUGAGAACUGUUAGCUUCAAGAAAGAAGAUACAGAGGCCGUUUUGAAGUCUGAUGGGUCGGACAAGGUGAUCAUUGAAGAGCCCAUUAGUUUCAAGAAUUCAGUACCCCCAAAGCUAAAGCUUGAAACAACUGUUUCAUUCAAGGAUCUAGUCUUAGACAGCAAGAGCUUGAGUUCAUCUACUUGGAAGAGCAAAGAUGAUAACUCGGUCAAUGCAUCGACACCCAUAAGUUCCCUUCCUGAUCCGGUGAUACUGUUUUCCCCAAGGCCAGUGAGCGAGCUUGAUGCAGCUGCUGUUAAACUUCAGAAGGUUUAUAAAAGUUACAGGACUCGAAGGAACCUUGCGGACUGUGCAGUUGUGGUUGAAGAGCUCUGGUGGAAGGCAUUAGAUUUUGCAGCUCUUAAGCAGAGCUCGGUAUCUUUCUUUGACUGCAGGAAAACAGAAACUGCUGUUUCACGGUGGGCAAGGGCAAGAACAAGGGCUGCCAAGGUGGGGAAGGGCCUGUCCAAAGAUGAGAAAGCUCAGAAAUUAGCUCUGCAACACUGGCUCGAAGCUAUUGAUCCUCGCCAUCGUUAUGGACACAAUUUACACUUCUAUUAUGAUGUCUGGUUUGACAGUGAAAGCACCCAACCUUUCUUCUACUGGUUGGAUGUGGGAGAUGGCAAAGAGAUAAACCUCGAAAGGUGCGCAAGGACUGAUCUGCAACGGCAAUGCAUUAAAUAUCUUGGACCAAAAGAGAGGGAAGCAUAUGAAGUGAUCGUUGACAGUGGGAAGCUCGUCUACAAACAGAACGGAACGCUAGUGGAUACGAUUGAGGGAUCAAAGUGGAUAUUCGUUCUGAGCACAUCAAGGGCAUUGUAUGUCGGACAGAAGAAGAAGGGAGUCUUUCAGCAUUCCAGCUUUCUAGCAGGAGGGGCCACAACGGCAGCUGGAAGAUUAGUGGCCCACAAUGGGGUUCUUGAGGCUAUAUGGCCAUACAGUGGGCACUAUCAUCCAACGGAAGAGAACUUCAAGGAAUUCAUUAGCUUUCUGGAGGAAAACCAAGUAGACCUUUCCAAUGUUAAGAGGUGUGCAAUAGAUGACGACUGCCCCUCGUUCAAACUCAACCAGGAGGAGUCUAACUCAAAGUCAGCCGAGCAUCCAACUGCAACAGUAGUAGUAUCAGCAGAUAAAAAAACAAGUGGUGAGAAUGUGAGUGGAACCGCCAAUACUGAAGAAGAUAGUAAGAAGGAAAUGAGCGCAGACAGAAUGGGGCAAGCAGUUUUUGACGUGGCCAACCGUUUGUCACGGAAGUGGACGACUGGAGCUGGGCCUCGAAUUGGGUGUGUGAGGGAGUAUCCUACAGAGCUACAAUUCAGGGCACUGGAGAAAGUAAACCUGUCACCAAGGGUGACGCCAGGACCCAUCGGAAAUUAUCCCAUCCCGUCGCCACGACCUAGCCCCAAGGUCAGACUCUCUCCCAGGAUUGCGUACAUGGGGCUCCCUAGCCCUAGGGUUUCUGUUCCCGUUGCUAACUAGACGUGGCCAUGAAGAAGAUGGCUAACCAUUCAGCUCUCUUUGGGUGCUCUGGGCUGAAAGCCUGAACUCUUUUUUUGGUAACUAGGGCAUACUGUAAAUGAUCGUUUUUUUAUAACAAGAGGGGAAAGAAAGAUAGAACCUUAAAAACGAAAUGCUUCCCCCUUUUUUUUUUUGUUCAU